AUGCGGAAAGAGCAGGCGAUGCCCAGGGGCACUGCCGCCUCGCAGCGACAUGGUUACGACGGAGCUGAAGCCCGAGGUCAUCUGUACGGUGGGGGCGUGCGUGAAGGAGUGUGCCCAGGGGACGUCACAUCUACCCGCUGGGAUCAGUGCGUGUCAGAAUUUGGGACAGUGGCAGCUGGCUUUAGCGCCGCUUUGCAAGAUAUGAGGGCGAGGUUUGAGCCUGGCAUCAUCAGCUAUUGCGCUGGGCUCAGCGCGUGCGAGAAGGAUGAGCAGGGGCAGCGUGCUUUCGCGCUGAUGCGUGAGAUGUGA